AUUGGUUUGCCGGCACGCCGUCUCAUCCCUUCUCUUCCCAUCCUCAGCGGCCUAGGCAAGAUGGCACCCAAGUAUGACAUGGCCGUGGGCCUGAACAAGGGCCACAAAGUAACCAAGAACACACGCAAGCCCAAGCCCAGCUCACGCAAGGGGAAAAACACCAAACACAACAAGUUUGUGCGGGACCUGGUGCGGGAGGUGAUGGGCUUCGCUCCCUAUGAGAAGCGCACCAUUGAAUUGCUGAAGGUCUCCAAGGACAAGAGGGCUCUCAAGUUCCUGAAGAAGCGACUCGGCACUCACAUCCGCGCCAAGAGGAAGCGUGAGGAGAUGCAGCGUGUAAUGGGCCAGCAGAGGAAGGCCGCCGCAGCUGCCGCCGCCGCCGCCGCUGCUGCCGCUGCCCACAAAUAAAGUGUAAAUUAGAAAUAAAGAAAAAAAGGCCA